AAGGAACGAGUUUCGGCGUUCUCCCUUCUCCAUUCGGCAGCGGAGCGGUACGGACGCCCGGAGUGUUUGUUAGCUCGUGCGGUCAAAAGAAGUCUUUAGUUUCAUCGUGGUACAGCGUCCUGUGUGUUUGAGAGUGGUUAUUUAGGUAAAGCCUAUAACAGAAAGAAAGAAAGAAAAACAUGGCCGAUCAGGAGAACAAGGACUUCAGCGAGGAUAUCGCCGAUCAGAAUUUUGAGCAGAACGGCGAGGCGGAAAACGGCGGUGGAGGAGACGCCACUGAAAAUGGCCAGGAAUCUCAGGAAGACAGGUCGGCUGGAGCGAACCAGGAGUCUCUGAACGAUAGAAAAUUGUUUGUCGGCGGACUCAGCUGGGAAACCACAGACAAGGAACUGAGGGAUCAUUUCGGCUCGUACGGAGACAUUGAAAGCAUCAAUGUCAAGACAGAUCCUAACACUGGACGAUCACGAGGGUUCGCCUUCAUUGUCUUCGCCAAGGCAGAAUCCCUGGACAAGAUUAUGGCAGCUGGAGAUCACGUAAUUAAUAACAAAAAGGUCGAUCCCAAAAAAGCGAAAGCCCGUCAUGGAAAGAUCUUCGUCGGCGGCCUCUCCACAGAACUUUCAGACGACGACAUCAAGAACUUCUUCUCACAGUUUGGAACAAUCGUAGAAGUAGAGAUGCCGUUCGACAAGACAAAGAACCAGAGGAAAGGGUUCUGCUUUAUCACUUUUGAAUCCGAGCAAGUGGUUAACGAGCUCUUGAAAACGCCAAAACAGACCAUCAACGGAAAGGAGGUCGACGUGAAGAAAGCGACGCCGAAGCCCGACGGUAUGGGCGGCAUGAGAGGUGGCGCCGGUGGUCGAGGUGGACGUGGUGGCAGAGGAGGCAGAGGUCGCGGAUUUGGCGGUCAAGGAGGCUGGGGACAAGGUGGCUACGGCGGUGGCUACGGAGGUGGUUACGGCCAAGGUGGCUACGGAGGUGGUUAUGACGGUUAUGGAGGCGGAUACGACUACUAUGGUGGUGGGUACGGAGGCUAUGGCGGCUACGACUACAGCGGAUACGACGAUGGUGAUAUCGAUUAUUAAGAUGACGACGACGACGACGACUAUGGAAUCGAACAUAAUCCGGGAACAGUUCUCCGCUACUUCCAAAGAGUGUAGGCCGUCGUUGUUGCGCUGUGACCAACUAACGUUUACCUAACCUUACCUACCGAUUCGCUAAGUUAUAUUCUUUGAUGCCUUGUUAAUAUUUAACUAACAUACUAUAUCUAUGCGAAUGAAUAUAUAACGUAUUAACGAUAUAAUAGAGAAACAAAAGAAACAUAUAAUAUGUAACAGUGAAAGUGUGAAGACAGUCGAGACGUGAAGAUUUUAUUUUGCACGUUCUUACUAUUUUUUUAUUCUUGAUUGUCGCUCGAUCAUUCGUCGCGAUCCAAAAUUUUAGAAUUUUUUUUAUUUCUAUAAUUUUCAUACAAUUAUCUUUGACUGCUAUAGACUGAUGCAACUCAGUAGCAAAAAUUGACUUUAAAAAUCCCUUAUGAACGAAUUUUGAGUUUAUCGAUCUCGAGUGAAUCGCGUUUGAGUCAUUUUUUUCGAGGAUGUUUAUUGUUAACUGUUAUCUACCUUUCAUACGUUCACUGAUUGAUGUCAGUGGAUCAAUAGAAUUUAAUUAUUCUUGCAGUUUAACUAGAAAUUAUGUUCCUGGUACUUUUUCUCUUUCUUUUUCAAACUCGGCCUCUCCCUCUUUAACCCUUUAAAUUCUGUAGACUCGCUGACUUCAAAAUCACGCAAUCACUGUAACAUAAUUAUAUAAAUAUAUCAAAGGAAGAUGUGUGGUGAAAAUUAAAGGAAAAGUGUACAGGACGAUACGGCGUAUCAAAUGGUAUAUUAAUACCCCCUUGUUCCUGCAUUCGAGUCCCGCCACGUUCCUACCAUGCAUGUCUUCACGUUUCUGCGGAGUUGCGUCGUUAAUUUACGUGAGAACCGCGACAGAGUUCGCCAAACCUGCAUUUGGCAAACGCCGUCGCGUAUUACUUAGCGAUUAUUAUUUCCCUUGGCGCAUCCGCAGCAAAAUCGAUCCGCGUGAUUCGCAUCGCACAAGUCACGCGGCAGUAGUUCUCGUACGUUUCUCACAAUGGAGCAUGCUUCUCUCUUACAGUAGUAUUUCGUACAAAGAUAGUGGAUUUAGAAAAAAAAAAAAAAAAUAAUAAGAAACAAAAGUUUCAGAAUUCUAUUUUUAGAUACGUUCAGUGUACAGCCGUCAAUUUUUUGUUUCGUUUGAACGUCGUGCAUGAAGAUAAGCCAAUAGUCGUUAGCGCAGAUCG